GUGCGCGGAGGCUCAUCUUGGAGGCGUGCACGUCUUUUCCAACACCAGCAGCCGGGACACUUUCCAUCCACCGAGACAGAGAUUCACCAUGGCCUCAGCACUGAGCUGCACACGUUUUCUACUGUGUUUUAUUUAUUGUUCGUUAUUGUUCACCGCUGUGUUUGGCGACUCUGAUGAAGAUGAAGAUGAGCACGCCAAGCACUCAUACACGGUGGAAAUGUUCAACGCGGCGGUGCCGACUGCACCCCACUUUGUCAUGUUUUACGCCCCAUGGUGCGGCCAUUGCCAGAGGUUACAGCCGGCAUGGAACGAACUGGCAGACAAAUACAACAGCAUGGAUGAGCCCCCAGUGUAUGUGGUAAAAGUUGACUGUGUCCAGGACACCAAGUUCUGCUCCAACGCCCACGGGGUUCGAGGCUAUCCCACGCUCAAGUUGUUUAAGCCUGACCAGGAGGCAGUGAAGUAUCAGGGACCAAGAGAUGUGCAGUCCCUGGAGACGUGGAUGCUGAAGACACUGCAGGAGGAUCCUUCAGAACCAGAGACUGAACAGGAGCCUCCUAAAGCUCCAGAGCCCAAACAGGGCCUGUAUGAGCUCACUGCUCUCAACUUUAAGGCCCACAUAGCCAAAGGUGCUCACUUUGUUAAGUUCUUUGCCCCUUGGUGUGGCCACUGCAAAGCCAUGGCCUCAACCUGGGAGCAGCUGGCCACCAGCUUGGAGCACUCUGAUGAUGUCAAAAUAGGAAAGGUGGACUGUACACAGCACUAUGAGGUUUGUUCUGAGAAUGGCGUGCGAGGAUAUCCCACUCUGCUCUUCUUCUACAACGGACAGAAGGCAGAACAGUACAAAGGAAAAAGAGACCUGGACUCUUUCAAAGACUUUGUGGACAACCAGCUGAAAGCAGCUCUCACUGCGGAGGAGGACGAGCAUCCACAUGACGAGCAGAAAUCAAACGAGAUCCCCACCGAUGAGCCAGCCAAAGAGGAGGUGAAGUCCAGCGCUUAUGUCCUAACAGAGAGCAACUUUGAUGAAACAGUAGCCAAAGGACUCACCUUCAUCAAAUUCUACGCUCCAUGGUGCGGCCACUGUAAGAACCUCGCUCCAACAUGGGAUGAUCUUGCCACGAAGGAGUUUCCCGGUCUCACGGACGUCAAGAUAGCCAAAGUGGAUUGCACUGUUGAGCGCACACUCUGCAAUAAGUACUCUGUGCGAGGUUACCCCACUUUAAUCAUGUUCAGAGCAGGAGAGCAGGGUGACGAGCACCACGGCGGGCGGGACAUGGAGAGCCUGCACAGUUUUGUGAUGAGGCAGGCGAGGGACGAGCUGUAAAAACAGUCCAACCAGCGCUCACUCUUCACCACUCUGCUCACCCACACUGCAUAUCUGGCCAGUAGGACACCACUCUUAUGUCCUACAGUUGCCAACCUCCCCCCCUCUCCUUUUCUUUCUCCAGUGAUUAAGGACAGAAUGAUUCAGCUGAGUGUUUGGGAUGUGAAUGUAUUUUUUUCAUUGCUGUCCCCCCAACCUCAAAUCUUCUAAGAAAAAAAAAAAAAGGAGACUUGUGUCGUACCGGUUGGGUCUGCAAUAGAAGCAACAUGUCUGACAACCACUUUGCAAGCACUGCUCAAUCGAUCAGAACUCCUCGCACAAAUAAAAUGUUUAUUAAAAGGGUUGCACUGACGGACAGAUGUCCCAGUUUCUGCCUGUUUAAAAAAAAAAACCCUGUAGUUUCUGACCUAAUUUCUGUAGCCACUUUUUACAAAAAUGCUCAAUUUUAUACAUGGGAUCUGUUGUUAAAUCAUAAGCCAUUAAUGUUACGGUACCGUCACUCCAAAGGUUGUAAAGGUUGCAUCACACUAAUGUGAAUUUGAGUGUUAAGUUGAGGGGACUUUCUAUCCAUGCCAGUGAUGGCCUAUCUGACUUAACUCUCAGGGAAAUGCCCACGCAGGCUAGAAGGAGUUGUGAUGGAGGCUGAUGUGGCACAUACGUUAUUUUCUCUCUCUGAUGAGGAGUAUAGCUUUUUUUAAAGGAAAUAACCAGACACAUUUCUUAUGAAAGCUGAUUAGAAUUGGUAAAUGUAACUUCUCAGAAAUGGGAUAAGGAAUGUCGACUCAUGUGAUCUCAUUCAGCCAUCCCUCACUACUCCUGCUAGCAUUCAGGGUCUCAGGCCUGGACCAUGUUGCCCCAUAUCUCCAUUACCGAACACUGUUAGUUUCAUGUGAAAGAGCUGCAUCCUGGUGUCUGCUUAAAACUGUCCCUUCAUGAUCUCAUCAAAUGUAAUACAAAAAAAAAUGUGAAUGUAAAAGUUUAGUGCUGUAUUUCUCAGGCCAGGUCCUGUAGAUGGAAGAGAAGAGGGCAGUUGGGUCACUUGGAGUCAGUAUUGAGGGUAAAAGGAACAGUGUUAACCUCCCUCUGUGGUGUUGAUACUUGUGAGAUUUAAACUGAAAGGAAACUUUACUGUGGCUCAGGUUAACGUGGGCUUGCUUGCAUUAAUAUCAUCUUUCUGACUGUGCUCUGUUCUUUGAGUUGAUUGAACCUGCUGUAUCUCAUGUCAUUUCAUUUUCCUGGUUCCACUUAAUACAGUGUAUCUGGAUGUCAAACUGUCUGAAAGUGAACAUGGAUAAGUUGGUGGUUUGACGAUAAAAUCAACCAACUCCUGGUUUCUAGAUCUUACACUAAAACAAUCUGUAAAAAGUAUUGUCAGUUACAAAAAUGCAACCAAAAUAUGUCAAUAUUUGGCUGGUUUUAGCUUCCUGUUGUACUGCAAAGGUCUCUCAUAUACUGUAUCAUAACCAUCAACACAUAGAUGCAACAUGCACAGAAGGUUAAUUGGUGUUUGGAAAUUAAACUGCCAAAGGCCAAGAAAUCAUCUGCAUUCAUACCUGGGUCUAAUAGCAUUUACAUCCAUGCCAAUAAGUGUAUGUGUACAUUUCUGUGAUUGACUAUUGUGGUGAACUUCACCCAGUUGUCAGGCUGUGUCACUUACAGUGUAAAUGCUCUUUGACCCAGGUUAUGUGAAACAUAUCUGCAGCAUGGUACAGGGCACCAACCCAGGUACACAAACAAUCACACACAAAGCAGCUUUUUGUCAGAAAGUUUUUAUGGAUAGCACAUGGUCUAAGGAACUCCAGUGACAGAAGUUUUUUUUUUCCUUGUGAGUCAUGGGUUGUGCGCUACCCAUGAAUUUUGUACAAAAAAAGAGUGAAUAAUGGCAAGUUGUAACAUGAGAUUUCAUAAUAAAAAAUUUUUCAAAAAUAA